AUUGCGGACCAAGUCCUCCGAUUGCCGGGUUUUUCGUUGAUUCCCCGGAUUCGAUUGGCGUUGGGCGGCCGGCAAUGGACUACCAGUACUUCGAGGAGGAGUCGGACUACAUCGAUCUGGACGAGGACGAGGACGAUGAGCUGGGGGAGGCGGCCGGUGGCUUGGACUACAGAUUCGGGAAGCCCGAGGACGAGGAGGAUUACUAUAUGGGCGGCGAGGAGGCGGAGGAGAGCGAUGACUACAGCCAUGGACUCCUCGGCCUGGCCGAGCGAUUCCGUGAGAGCCUGCUCACCUGCGUGGAGCCCUCGCUGCUGCAGGUCCUCCAAUAUGUGACGCCCAUGCUGCUCCUUUGCCUGCUGUGCCGCCACCUCUGUCUCCUCUACUCGCAGCGCAAGAGGCUCACCAGUCUGGCGCCGCUGCACCUGCUGCACUUCAUCUGCGGCCUGAUCCUGCUGCAGUUCUCCGUGGGCUAUCGACUGUUCCUGCUCCUCCUGCUGGCCGCCGUGGGCUACCUGCUGCUCCAACUUCUGCGAUUGGGUCGCCAGGGAGCCCGCAUCCUGGCCAUCCUCACCGUCGGCAGCCAGUUCCUCUACGAACUGCUCCUCUGGCGGGGACGCAGCGAUUGGCCGCAGCUGCGCGGCAUCCAGAUGGUGGUGAACAUGAAGCUCAUCUCGCUGGGAUUCGACUUGACCGCUGGCAGUGGCCAGCUGCAGGCGAGGAUCCCCGGCUCGCUGGCUUACCUGGGCUACCUAUACAGUCCGGCCACCUGUGCUCUGGGUCCCUGGGUGAGCUUCGGCAGCUACAUGGACUGUUUGGUGCCGCGCAACAGUUGGCUGGUCAGCCUGCGUCGCCUGGUGCCCAACGUCCUGCUCUGCGUCCUUGCCGUGAUCGUGUCCAAUUGUUUGGCGCCAGCGCUGAGCGACUUCUUUGGCGACAGUUCACACUUCUUGGUGAUGUACUGGGAUGCGUUGAGCGUGCGCUUUAGCCACUACUUUGUGGCCAUCAUGGCGCAGGCGCUGCUGGUGGCCGCCGAUCAAAAGCUGGACGGCUCUGUCGAGGAAUCGCCGCUGCUCGGACCGCUCGUCUCGCAGCCGUGGCUCAUCGAGUGGCCGCGAUCGAUCAGCGCGCUGGUCCGGAGUUGGAACAUUCCCAUGCACGAGUGGCUCAAGCGGUACAUCUAUGCGCCCUGCAAGGCGGACGGAUCGAGGGGUCGCAUCGUGUUGAGUGUGUUCUGCACCUACCUUGUGUCCAGCCUGCUGCAUGGCAUGGAUCUGCGCAUCUAUCUGGUGCUCAUCUCGCUGGCCGUCUUCGCCGAAGGGGAGUCCCUGCUGCGGCGGCACCUUUCCAACACUUUGGACGCCUGCAUUUCGUCGAAUCUCUGUCCAGGAAAGGAGCGAUGUCGGUACUCGAGGUGCUCGAGCAAACGUGGCUGGAGCUCCAUAUCCUAUUGGCUGGUGCGGGCGGCCAAUCUGGCCUUCACCGCAUUGGCCAUCUUCCAUCUGGCUUACUUGGGUGUCGUUCUGCUGGGCGAUGCCCUUGAAGUCGAAUCGAGUGAUGAAUCGGACAACUUCCUCUGGCACUGGCAGCAGGCGGGAUAUCUUAGCCAUUAUAUCGGCGCUGGCACCUUCGUCCUCUACUUGUUCAUCUCGUAGACAGGGAAUCAACAGGGGAUCCAGCCCCAAUACUCGCUAUGACUGAUCUACACGUAUUUAUAAUUGUAAUCUUAACCGCAUCCAUUUGUACUUUUUGUAUCUCGUAGUUUUUGUGUGUGCUGUGUGAGUACUUAACAUUAAAAAUCAUUCUGUGAAACGGA